GGGGGGAGGGAAGGGAAGGGAGGCGAAGCCGGCAGGAAGGAAGGAAGGACGGACGGACCAGGAGGAGGAGCGGCGGCGGCGGCCGGAGCCGGAAGGCGGGGAGGAGCCGUCCGUUGGGCCCGAGGCGGCGGCGGCAGCGGCCGGGGCGAACCGCUCUUGUCGCCUCUCGGGGCAGGAGCGGCGGGGCCCGCGCCUCCUCCCCCCGGCGCCGCGGAGGGGGGAGGAGGAAGAUGGAGACCCACAUCUCGUGCUUGUUCCCCGAGCUGCUGGCCAUGAUCUUCGGCUACCUGGACGUCCGGGAUAAGGGGCGCGCGGCGCAGGUGUGCACGGCCUGGCGGGACGCCGCCUACCACAAGUCGGUGUGGCGGGGGGUGGAGGCCAAGCUGCACCUGCGCCGGGCCAACCCGUCGCUGUUCCCCAGCCUGCAGGCCCGGGGUAUCCGCCGUGUGCAGAUCCUGAGCCUCCGCCGCAGCCUCAGCUACGUGAUCCAGGGCAUGGCCAACAUCGAGAGCCUCAACCUAAGCGGCUGCUACAACCUCACUGACAACGGGCUGGGCCACGCGUUUGUGCAGGAGAUCGGCUCCCUGCGUGCCCUGAACCUGAGUCUCUGCAAGCAGAUCACCGACAGCAGCCUGGGCCGCAUAGCCCAGUACCUCAAGGGCCUGGAGGUGCUGGAGCUGGGGGGUUGCAGCAACAUCACCAAUACCGGCCUCCUGCUCAUCGCCUGGGGCCUGCAGCGCCUCAAGAGCCUUAAUCUCCGCAGCUGCCGCCACCUCUCGGACGUGGGCAUAGGGCACCUGGCCGGCAUGACGCGCAGCGCCGCCGAGGGCUGCCUGGGCCUGGAGCAGCUUACGCUGCAGGACUGCCAGAAGCUGACUGACCUUUCUCUAAAGCACAUCUCCCGGGGGCUGACGGGCCUGAGGCUCCUCAACCUCAGUUUCUGCGGGGGCAUCUCGGACGCGGGCCUCCUGCACCUGUCGCACAUGGGCAGCCUACGCAGCCUUAACCUGCGCUCCUGCGACAACAUCAGUGACACUGGCAUCAUGCAUCUGGCCAUGGGCAGCCUUCGCCUCUCGGGGCUGGAUGUGUCGUUCUGUGACAAGGUGGGGGACCAGAGUCUGGCUUACAUAGCUCAGGGCCUGGACGGCCUCAAGUCCCUGUCCCUCUGCUCCUGCCACAUCAGCGACGAUGGCAUCAACCGCAUGGUGCGGCAGAUGCAUGGGCUGCGCACGCUCAACAUCGGACAGUGUGUGCGCAUCACAGACAAGGGCCUGGAGCUGAUCGCGGAGCACCUGAGCCAGCUCACUGGCAUAGACCUGUAUGGCUGCACCCGAAUCACCAAGCGCGGCCUGGAGCGCAUCACGCAGCUGCCCUGCCUCAAGGUACUCAACCUAGGACUCUGGCAGAUGACGGACAGUGAGAAGGUCAGAAUCCUCCACAGCAACCUGCGAGACCAUGGAGUUAAAGAAACCCAGAGACCUUUAUCAAUUAAUUGUACUGUUUGUGAAUUUGUAUAAAUAAUAACAAAGAUCCUCUUAAAACGUUUAUAUUCUUACAGUAAAAGGUUAAACUGAUAUUUAUAUAAUAAAAGAGGAAAUAUGAAGUAUGUUUUUGAAAAAAAAAAACAAAAACAAAAAACCUUGUAUCUGUGAAUUAUUUUGAAGGCAGUGUGUGUUUGGGCCCACGCCAAAGUAGGAGGUGCUGUUUGUGUACUCUAAGAGGAAAUAAGGUAUAGGGUUUGGUGCAUCCUAUGUGGUGUGAGUAAGCUCACAGUUAAACAUUUAUUCUGUAUAAGGUUUACCACUGACAUCUAAAUGUUUUGUUUCUAGAAAUGUGACUGGACUGGAGACUGGUAUAAUUCUUGGUUUUAAACUGUCAACAACAUGGAAAUUUUAAAAAGCUGAACAAAAUGGAACUUUUUAAAAACGAGAUCUGUAAGAGUCACGAUUUCCCCAGGGUGGAAAUGAGAUCAAGGGGUCCUGUUGAAAAAUGGCUCAUGGGAUGUGGAAGUGGGGGAGAAAGAGGGGUUUCUUUCCACUCUGAGUGGGUGUGGGGAGGAUGUGAAAUGGUGAAGGGUGGAGGGAACUGAAGCCAUUGUUCAGAAAGUUAAAAGAGCGCUGUCCUUGCUCGCUCUCUCUCUUGCUCACUCAUGCAUGCUGAAUCUCACAGUGUGAGUGAGGGUCCUAGUGGAGAGGAGGAAGGCAGUUCAGCCCCUCUUUUUAACAUUCUCCUCCAGGCCUGGCUGUAUUUAAGCACUUUCCUGGGGGAUGGGGAGGUUGGCCAGGAGUUCUUGCACAUUUGCAUUUUAAGCACUUCCAGCUCUGAAGCUGGCCACUCCAUCCACUGUGGUGAGGGUUCUUAGACAGAAUUCUUCAGGGCAGAUAAAUGAAUACCAACAAUUCUAGCAAAGAGUUCCCUUUGGUAGACGUUAACUAAAUAAUCGACACCCUGUGGUUGGGCUGUGGAAGUGGAAGGGUAUAAGCGCUCAAACAGUGGAGCAGUGCAUAUUCCUGGUUCACAUAGGUCUUUCUCGUUGUUUCUGAGAUUUUUUUUAAACCAAAAAUACUGAUCCCAGCAAGAGAUAGUAAGAGUGGUAUAAAACUUUCCUGCAAAGACCCCUCUUUCCAGGAAGAGAGCUAGAACCCAAGUUUCUCUCGGGGUAAGGUUGUUUUGUAAAAUUUCCAAGCUUUCUGCUGGAGCCUAUCACAAAAGCUGCAUUGUUCCUUUUUGGAGAGCUAUCACAAUUGGGUCUAAUUGAGCCUGACACUAGAUCCAUCUUCCUUUUCUUUGGGGAAGGUGUGGAUCUCUUUCUUCCCUCUUAGGUUGCAAGUGCUUAUGGCCUGGGGCGGGGGGGGGGGGGGGGGGGUGAUGUGUGAACCCUAAUAAGAAGUCUGGACUUGGAAUUAGGGUCAGCUUUCUGAUUUGGCACUAUAAUGCAUGAAGGUUCCAUAAGCUCUAAGUUCCUUAGAGGAUCUUUCUUUCUCCCAGACUGCAUGACUGUACAGAUUCAGUCCAUCAAAAUUUGAGCACCUCCUAAGUCUGAGACUCUGUGCUCACAUUCUUCAUUUUAAUACACAGUCCUACCAACUAACAGGAAGUUUUCCACUUUUCUGUUUGGUUUUGUUUUUUACUUGCAAGGCUAAAUAAAUAUAAGCCUGAUUAAAGGUCGGUGAAUGAAUGUUUGAAAGUUAAGAUCAUGGGCCUACUGUCCUCAUGCUGAACUGGGUAUGCUUACUAUAUCUGGAGUGUCUCUGGAAACGAUGAAUAAACCAUUUACUUUCAUCAGUCAAGGUUAACUGUUUAUCUCUCAACCUUCAUGGGUAGAAAGAAAUGAGUAUGUGUUGAGAACCUGUGGUAUGCUUUGCAUGGUACCUGAAUAUUUCUCCUUUUAGUCUUCAAAGCAACCUGUUGAAACAGGUAUCCUUAUUUCCAGAUAAGGCAUACUACUUGCCUUAAGUCACCCAGCCACUAAUUGAGGGGAACCAGGACUCAAACCAAGUCCAGUUCCAAAGUCCAGCUCCCUUCCGUACCUGAGAAGGUUUAGUUACUGAUCGUACCUUGGUUUCCAGUAAGGUGACCUCACAGAAAUGAGUGGCAGCUGAUUGAUCACAGUGUGGACAAGCUCGUGCCACAGGGCACUACUUAAAGGGAAUAUGGGUGGAUCCGAUCUCCGCCAUACCUACAGGAAUUAGAAGCACUAAAGAAAAUGAUAAGAUGUUUUGUGGGCGCUACAAAAGUUAAAAAGCACUUCAGGGCAACUUUUAGAAUAACAGGAAAACCUGGUUCAGGUAUUUGCUGAAACUUCAGAAGUGAAAAACCAAAAUAGGACCUUAGUGUAAACUUUAUCAUCUAGAAGUAAUAAACCUCAUAGAAACUGGGUAGUGGUGAGGACAGGGCUCCACAUACCUUUCUUUUCUGAGCCUCAUUGGGCAAUAGCCCUUGAAGUCUGUCUGGAAAAGAUUAUCAGUGCAACCUCACUGGGGUUCAGACAGUUUCUGCAGCCCCAUAAGGACCAUGCUAGGCCUCUAGCUAGAAGUGCUGGGCAUUGUUGCAUGAUGCUCCCUGCUGUGGACUCCCUCCUGUGAGAUUCCUCAGUCCUAAAGUGGGGGAGCCCCCCCUGCCCCACACCUGAUUUACCCCACAUUUGGCAACAGAGACAGGGAUGCUUGCCUAACUUACAGCCUGUCUUUAAAUAGUUUAGAAAAUUCAAACUGAUCAUACUCUUUCCUGAUUCAAAUCAACAAAGAUCUGAAAAAGCAAAUGUUUCUUUCAUUGGAGUUUCCUUUUAAAGGUAAGGACUUUUCUCUUUAAAAAGGACACUUGAUAUGGAAACUGAAGUAUGGCCUGUUCCCUAAAUCCUGGUGCUUUCCUGCAGCAGUUACUAGAUAGACGCUGGUCUCAGAAUUAGUAAAACCUUUUUUACUUUUGACUUAGAAAAUGUGAACUCAAGUUUUCAAAGGGGAAAGGUAUGGCCCCCAGAGACCACUGUGUUUUCAAGGAAUAAGAACCUCUUGAUUAAAAGAUCAGAUUUGUAAAACAAAACCAAGACCUCAUGCAGCCUCUGACAACCGUCUUUUGCCAGUCCCCUGAAAGGGGGAGCCCCUGGCCUCUGCUCUCAGCUGCCCUGCUGGAGAAAGGGAGGCUACAGUAAGUCAUGUAUCAGUCGCCCUCUCUGGUGCCCUUCUCUUCCCUGCAUCUCACAUCACUCCCUUUUAAGUUCAUUUUAUCCACUUAGUAGAGGGCAAGACCUAAACUCUGUAUGCCUCUGAACUCCUAUGGAGGCAGGGGUGAGGCUUUCUGAUGAGAUAAUGUGGAGCACAGGAUUAGAAACUGGAAAG